AUGGGGGAAACAUUGAAAGAUCAGAUUCCUAAGUCUGAGAUUGGAAAAUCUCAUAGUAAAUCCACUUCUCAUUUAAUUAGUGGAUUUGCUGGUGGUUUAACAUCAGCUGUGGUUCUACAACCUUUGGAUUUAUUGAAGACUAGAAUGCAACAGCAACAUUACAUGACAUUAUCUUUAUCUAUUAAACAAUUGAACAGUCCCUUAGAACUUUGGAGAGGAACUUUGCCCUCUGCAUUAAGGACAUCCAUUGGUUCUGCAUUGUAUCUGUCCUGUCUUAAUCUAAUGAGGACAAAAAUAAAUGAUUAUAAAUAUAUCAAAAAAGAGAGGAUAAUAACGAGCAAUAAGAGUAGUUCUUUACCUAAGUUGAAUAUAUAUGAAAAUUUAAUCACAGGUGCUGUUGCAAGGGCAUUAGUCGGCUACACUACCAUGCCCAUAACGGUAUUGAAAGUUAGAUAUGAGUCUACUAUGUAUGAGUAUACAAGCAUAUUACAAGCAUCAAGGGAUAUCUGGAAAAAUGAAGGCAUUAAAGGCUUUUUCACAGGAUUUGGAGCAACCUGUCUUAGGGAUGCACCAUAUGCAGGUCUGUAUGUUUUACUCUAUGAACAAACCAAGUCCCUCUUACCUAAAAUCAUUCCAAAAAGAUUUAUUAGCUUUAAUUCAGAUGGAAAUUACUCCCUAAUGACAUCAACAACUGUAAACUCAACAAGUGCAAUUAUUGCUGCAAGUAUAGCAACUAGCAUAACAGCGCCAUUUGAUACAAUCAAAACUAGAAUACAAUUAGAACCUCAAAAAUUUCAUAAUUCGUUUCAAACAUUAAAAUAUAUUCUGACAAAAGAAUCUGUAAUCAAAAUAUUUAGCGGGUUGAGUAUGAGACUAACGAGAAAAGCAAUAAGUGCAGGGAUUGCGUGGGGUAUAUACGAAGAACUUUUAAAAUAUUUUACAAAUAAAUGA